UUCGAAAGCUAAGUUUUAGGAAACUAACUGAUCUAUAUAUACCACUACUCGUAUUGAUGUUUCGUGCGCUGAGAAUUGAAAAGAUAAAAAAAUUGGUUGUUGCCUCCCGAAGCUUUCCUUGCUUCCUUUCUUUCUUCCUUGUGCCGUUCUGGUUGUUUAUAUUUUCCCCUGCCAUAAUUGUUUCUUUGGUUUUGAGAUUUGUCUUGAUUUGUUUAUCCUGUGGGUUAUAUUCCUACAAUAACAGGACAAGAAUGGCUUCUUUCUGCACUGCUCAAGAAGAAGAAAAAGAUGAUUUUUUUGAUGAAUUACCAGACCCUAUUGUGUUUCUGAUUUUCAACAAGAACAUAACCAAAACAAGCAAAGCAAGCAAAAGCCCAUCACAGAAACACUCCAUGAGGAAAACACUAAAAGGUAAAACCCAAGACGGCCAAGCUUUCAAGAGAGAGCCCAGAUGAUGAUUGUCAAGAAGAUCGACUCAGUGCCUUGCCGGAUGGCAUCCUCUGCCACAUUCUCUCGUUUCUUCCCACAAAAUUUGCAGCCUCCACUUCCAUUUUGUCCACCAGAUGGAGGAGCAGGCAACGAUGUCAAUGAUGAGAAGGUAGUGGAAUCGGAGAAGAAGUUUAUGGAGUUUGUUAACAGACUACUUAUGAAUUGUGAAUCAACUUCUGUUGUGAAUGAGUUUUGUCUUAUAUGUCGAAAGUCGGCUUCUUGCCAAAAGUUUGGGCUUAGCUUAUGGAUGUCUUUGGUGCUUCCGCGCGGUGUUCAGGUUCUUAACAUCCUAGUUGAUGGUUAUACUAAUUUUCCGCAGUUUGAAGUCUUUCCAUCUGAAAUCUUUACUUGUAAAACUCUUGUAGUCUUGAAAUUACAUGGUUGGCUUGGUCUAAAGCUUCCAAAAGGCCUCUGCUUGCCGAAUCUUAAGGUCUUGCAUUUGCAUACUUUGACACUACUGGGAGAUAAUACAGGUUGGCUACUUUCAUCAUGCUGUCCAUUGCUUGAUGAUUUGGUGAUUGAUGGUGUAGAAUUAUUUGAUGUUGGAUUAAUUGAUUUCAGUAGUCCUUCCUUAACAAGGUUGGCGUGGGGUCAGGGCUCGUUGGGUGGCAAGGUUGUUCUUAAUAGCCCAAAUCUUGAGUAUUUGGAGUAUGCAGGUGAUCUAUAUCCGCUAUUGAGCUCAAAUUGCAAGUUCAAGUUCUUGUUAAAAGCUAUUCUGGCUUUGGAAAAUAAGAACAUGCCACAUGAUCAUGACGCUAACCAGUUUUGUCAAUUUAUUAGUGAAAUGCGCAAUUUGGAAUCUUUUGGUUUAUUUGGGGACUCUUUACAGUGUCUCUAUCAGGCAGGUCAUCUGUUACCUGAAUUUAUAAAUUUGACUCGUUUGGAGCUUUCAACAGUGCGGGAUCUCUAUUCGAAAGACUUUGAGACUCUACUGAAGAGCACACCAAAUCUGAAAGUGCUAGUCUGUUACCUGAGUCCACUCAAGAUGUAUGAUGAUAUGCACCUCCACUUCAGCGCGAAAGAGAGACCACUGUGUCUGAAUCAAUAUCUCAGGGAAGUAGAGAUAAAGAGUUUCUUUAUUAUCCCAAAUUAUGGGUUUGAUUUAGUAAGAUAUCUUCUGAAGCAUGGAGCAGUCUUACAGAAGAUGUCUAUACAUGUUGCCACGACAGAAAUGCCAGAAAAUUGGUCCUCAUCAGCUCGCGAGAAGUUAAAUAAGUUCUCAAAGUGCUCAAAAAACUGUAAGAUCAUGCUUAUUUAAUUUGUGCAGGAAAAUGGUUCUUCUGGAUGCUCAAAUGAGCAGAGGAGAUAAAAUUUGUAACUUAUAUAAAUAGAUAGAUGUUGAAGCCAUUUUCUCCUUUAAAAUCAUUGUCUCCCCUGUUCAAUGUUUCUGCCUUUAGAUGGCUUUCAGUUGUGUACUUCCUGUGAACGAUCAGAUGUUGAUGUUUAUAACCCCAUGUGGCUAGGCCUAUGUAUAUCGAGUAUUUUGAUCAAUUAUGGAACAAAGUAAAGUUAGUUUUGUAUUGUAA